AUGGAAGAAAAAGCUCAGAGUCAUCAUACUACCAGACACACCCUUAAUUCCAAAUCAAGAACACCUCUUCUCCGCAAGCCUCCUCCCCUUUACCAUGUUCACACCAAUCCUCCUCCUUUCCCUUCUUCUCCCCAACAAAAUCUAAGCCUCGUCCCGUCCAAUCUCCACUCUAGCUACUACUACUAUUACUACUGCUUUUACUCUCAGUUUCACAACACUCUUCCUUCUCUUCCUUUACUUCCUCUACCUACUGACCAAAGAUUCUUCCACCCGAUGACCAAAGCUCUCCCUCUUACCCCAGUUGUGGAGAGAAAGCAUCAGCAACAGCCGAAGACGCAAGUUUCAGAACAUAGAAACAUCAAAGUUGGGUCCACAGGAACAGCAACAGAAGCAGCAUUAGUGGUUGCUAAAAGACCUGACUCUGGUGGUCAUGAAGGCUCUGUUAUAUAUCUCCUAGCCAACCAUUUUCUUGUCAAGUUUGAUCCUUCACAGAAGAUUUACCAUUACAACGUUGACAUCUCUCCAAACCCUUCAAAAGAAAUUGCUCGGAUGAUCAAACAGAAACUCCUGGAGACUGAACCGAGAAGCUUCUCUGGUGCUGUCCCUGCUUUUGAUGGUAGGAAGAACAUUUACAGCCCUGUGGAGUUUCAAGAAGAUAGGCUUGAGUUCUUUGUUAACCUCCCUAUCCCAUCAUGCAACACUUUGAUGAAGUGUUGUGACUUGCGCGAGAAGCUACCUCAGAAGAAGGUUGAUAAACUUUUUAGGGUUAACAUGAGGCUUGUGUCCAAGUUUGAUGGGAAGGAACAGAGGAAGGAAGGUGAAAACUGGGCUCCUCUGCCUCAAGAAUACAUUCAUGCUCUUGAUGUGAUCUUGAGGGAGAAUCCAAUGGAGAAGUGUACUUCCAUUGGAAGAUCUUUUUAUUCGACUUCUAUGGGUGGAUCCAAGGAGAUUGGAGGUGGAGCUGUUGGACUCAGAGGGUUUUUCCAGAGCCUUAGACAGACUCAACAAGGUUUAGCACUUAACAUGGAUCUCUCAAUAGCAGCAUUCCAUGAAAGCAUUGGUGUAAUAGCUUACUUGCAGAAGAAGCUAGGUCUUCUCAAGGAUCUUUCUAGGAACAAAGGCAGAGAACUUAGCUUGGAGGAAAGGAGAGAAGUUGAGAAAGAAAUUAAGAACAUAAGAGUAUUUGUUUGCCACAGAGAAACUGUUCAAAGAUACCGAGUAUACGGGUUAACAGAUGAGAUCACUGAGAGAUUAUGGUUUCCUGAUAGAGAUGGGAAGCAAAUAAGGCUUGUGAGUUACUUCAAAGAUCAUUAUGGCUAUGAGAUUCAGUUCAAGAACUUGCCAUGUCUUCAGAUUAGUAGAACAAGACCUUGUUUCCUUCCUAUGGAACUAUGUAUGAUCUGUGAAGGCCAAAAGUUUCUUGGAAAGCUUUCAGAUGAUCAGGCUGCAAAAAUUAUGAAAAUGGGCUGCCAGAAACCUAAUGAAAGGAAAGCUAUUAUUGACAAUGUUAUGGCAGGACCGGUCGGUCCAUCGAGUGGAACUCAAACGAGAGAGUUCAACUUGGAGGUCUCUAGAGAAAUGACAUUGCUGAAAGGAAGAAUACUUCAGCCCCCAAAGCUUAAACAUGACAGGUCAAGGAACCUACUAGAGAGCCGAGCUUUUAAAGGGACUCGAGUCGAGAUAUGGGCUUUGAUGAGUAUUGGAGGCAGCCCUGACCAGAAAUCUACCAUUCCCAAGUUCAUAAACGAGCUCACUCAAAAGUGUGAGCAUUUAGGAGUCUUCCUAAGCAAGUACACUUUAAGCAGCACCUUCUUUGAGCCAUCACACAUACUCAACAACACUACUCUUCUUGAGUCUAAACUGAAGGAUAUUCAAAGAGCUGCAUCAAACAAUCUCCAGCUGAUUAUCUGUGUAAUGGAGAGAAAACAUAAAGGGUAUGGAGAUCUAAAGAGGAUAGCAGAGACAAGAAUUGGUGUUGUGACACAAUGCUGCUUAUACACUAACAUCACUAAGCUCAGUUCUCAGUUUGUUUCAAACUUGGCUCUCAAGAUAAACGCCAAGAUUGGUGGGGCAAUGACAGAGCUCUACAACUCAAUACCUUCUCACAUUCCAAGAUUGAUUAGAGUCGAUGAGCCGGUGAUCUUCAUGGGAGCUGACGUAACGCAUCCUCAUCCGUUUGAUGAUUGCAGCCCUUCUGUAGCGGCUGUGGUCGAGAGCAUAAACUGGCCAGAAGCUAACAGAUACGUCUCUAGAAUGCGGUCUCAGACUCAUAGGCAAGAAAUCAUUCAAGAUCUUGACUUGAUGGUCAAGGAACUUCUUGAUGAUUUCUACAAAGCCCUAAACAAGCUUCCGAACCGGAUCAUAUUUUUCAGAGACGGUGUGAGUGAGACACAGUUCAAGAAAGUCCUCCAAGAAGAGCUUCAAUCCAUCAAAGCCGCUUGUUCUAAGUUCCAAGGUUACUAUCCGACCAUCACUUUCUCCGUGGUCCAGAAAAGACAUCACACGAGGCUGUUUCGGUGCGGUCCUGACCAUGAUCAGAACAUCCCUCCUGGAACGGUGGUUGAUACGGUGGUAACUCAUCCGAAAGAGUUUGAUUUCUAUCUUUGUAGCCACGUGGGAGUAAAGGGCACGAGCAGGCCAACUCAUUAUCACAUCUUGUGGGAUGAGAGCGAGUUUACUUCAGAUGAGUUGCAGAGACUUGUGUAUAACUUGUGUUACAAUUUCGUGAGAUGCAAGAAACCUGUUUCCAUUGUGCCACCGGCAUAUUACGCUCACCUUGCAGCAUACAGAGGAAGACUAUACAUCGAGAGAUCGUCUGAAGCUAAUGGAGGAUCCAUGAAUCCAUCUUGUGUCUCUCGAGUGGGUCCCCCCAAGACGAUUCCAUUACCUAAACUAAGUGAUAAUGUUAAGAAUCUCAUGUUUUACUGUUGACUAUUAAGAAAGUGUUCUUAAUUUGAGUUCCACUUCAA